GCAAUCCAGGCUCGGCGCAGCAUUCAAGCAUCCCUACGUUUUCGCCAAGCAUUUCAUUCGGAUCUGCAGGAUUCAAACCACAGCAAUUAUUUUGCAACUGAAAGGGACCCAUAGUAUGAUAACUUUCAUUUGAGUUGAUUUGUUUCCUUUCAUUUUCAUAGUUGAUCUUUAUUUUUGUUCAUUUGAUAUCAUCGUUUUUUCUUAUUUUUUCUACUCUCAUCCACAGUUCAUUUGCAGCCAGUUUGCACACCACCAGCUCAAAGGGGAAUACUAUAUCUCGAGCCGUUCUCUCUUGUCUGCUGCUAUUCGAGAGAAGCUCGCGCACUUUGGAUUGGUACCUUGGCUGGUUUACCUAGAACCCGACAAACGGGGGAUUUAUUAGGCUAUUUGCGUCUGCGCUUGUGGAAGUGGACAUCGGCGGCGACGAAGGUCGCCUUUCUGUUGUGAGGAAUGUACCCGGUGCUAAGGUCUGCUCACUGAGGGAGAAUAUCGACGCGCUCUCUUCUCGACUCUCACUGUAUGAAAGACUGCCGUGCGCCUCUGGUUUUGUAUUCCCGAGGAGCUCUUAUAAAGGGACUAACUCCGCACCAGGUCUUUUCUUGGAGAUGCUCAACAUUUGAUCCGUUUACGCAUUCGCUUCUUCGUCCCUUUUUAGCUUAUUUGAUCGGGAUAUAGAGUCUAAUUGCCUCGGUCAUUCUCUUGUGCGUUUCACGUCUUUUUUUUGAACAUAUCAUUUCGGAACGGAUUGUGACCCUCCCCGAAGACAGCAAUAAUGGGGGACUCGAUGUGGAGAUAUUAUUUUGGAGUUUUGUUAAUUGCGUGCAAGGUGAACUUGUCCCGGGCGAUAAUUCUGGAGUCCAUAUAUUGGAACACAACAAAUACCAAAUUCGUGCCAGGGCAGGGCCUGGUGUUGUACCCUCAGAUCGGGGAUAAGUUGGACAUAGUGUGCCCGCGGGUGGACGGAGGGGUGCGUGAUGGGGUGGAGUAUUACAAGAUCCACAUGGUUCCCAGGGAGCAGCUGGAGAGCUGCACCAUCACCAAGGCUGACACACCACUGCUCAACUGUGACAAGCCUGACCAGGAUGUCAAGUUCACCCUCAAGUUUCAGGAGUUCAGCCCCAACCUGUGGGGCCUGGAGUUCUUCAGAGGGAAAGACUACUACAUCAUCUCAACAUCUAAUGGCACCAUGGAGGGCCUGGAGAACCAGGAAGGAGGGGUGUGCAAGAUGAAGUCCAUGAAGAUAAUCAUGAAAGUGGGACAAAAUCCCUCUGACCCUAUCUCACCCAAAGACUACCCCACCAGAUACCCUCCCAAGCACCCCGACAAGGAGUCAUACAAACCAAACGAAGUGCUGGAGAAGAAAGGUCCGUCGUACAGGGAGGGCGAAGGUGACCAGGGGACGGGCGGGAAAUCAUCCAGCGUCAUCGGCUCUGAAGUGGCCCUGUUCGCCGGCAUUGCCUCGGGCAGCGUUAUCUUCAUCAUCAUCAUCAUCAUGCUGGUUGUGCUGCUGCUCAAGUACCGGCGGCGGCACCGCAAGCACUCUCCACAGCACGCCACCACGCUGUCACUCAGCACACUGGCCACGCCCAAACGGGGCGGCAGCGGCAACAACAAUGGCUCGGAGCCUAGUGACAUCAUCAUCCCGCUCAGGACUGCAGACAGCGUCUUCUGCCCACACUACGAGAAAGUCAGCGGGGACUACGGUCACCCAGUGUACAUCGUUCAGGAGAUGCCCCCCCAGAGCCCUGCCAACAUCUACUACAAGGUCUGAACUCAGCUCCACCCCACCAGACACCGCUCCUCCAUGAACGCCCCCCCAGAACGCUCUAUCUCCUUCCUUCCCCACCUCUCUGUUGUUUUUUCUUGUUGAACUUUACUAUUCCUGUUAUUAUUCUUCAUUGUUGGGAUUUGUUGGAGAACUCACAGAGUAAAGCUGCUGCUGCUCUCUGGGGCUUUUUGGGGAUCCCUCCUCUCCGCUCCUCUCCUCUAACAGUAGCUCUCUGUUUCUUUGCGCACUAUGACUGACGCUGGGGAUCCGAGCGUGUGUGUUUGUGUGUGGACGGACGAAUGGAGAGACAGAAUGACGCACCCACGCGUGUUUCUUUUGGAAUAGGAUGGACAGAUGAAAAGAGGAGGAGGAGUUGACCCAAACCUCCUUCGAUAUCCUACUCUAGUAUUCUCCCUGAGAGAGACUACUGCUGGGAAAGAGAGGGGAAGAGACAAAGGAGGGAGAAAGAGAGGGAUUAGGAGAGGAAAAGGAAGGGGCCGACCAUGAACUCAUGUCAGUAAUGGCAGUCAGUCUCUCUCCUCACUGGCCAGAGACAUUUUGUGGAUUAAAUUACGGAAGAGGAAAAAGCAAGAGGGAUUCGGAAAUAUCCACUCUGGGACUUUCCUGACUGACACAUGGACAUCACCCACUCACCCUAUCACCUACCCACCCACACACUCACCCACGCUCAUUCAUUGUGAACUGUUCAGGUCCUCGUACUAGUUACAACCCACUUUUCCCUCAUUGUCUGACGACACCUUUUACUUUCUAGCAUUAUGAUUCAUUAAAGUUGUUACUUGAAAAAAGGUUUGUAAAAAAACAUGAUUAUUUUUUGUAGUGUCAUAUUGUUGGUUCAUUUCUGGUUUUCAUUGCUGGUAUUGUUCAACUUGCAGAUAGAUUUUUUUAGUGACGUGGUAUUGUCGCAGCUCAUGUCGUGAUGGUGUAUGUGAUGUUCAAACACACAUACACACACACACGCACACGCACACACACACACACUGCGACCCAGGACUGGGAAAGCAGCAGAGAGCAGGACUUAAAGAGGGAGAGAGGGACAUGACGGAAGAUGAGGGGUUUUAUGUGGGGUCUACCCCAUCAGGGGAUAGGGUGCUCAUUAUACCCCCUCUGUGGGGUCAGGGCUAGCCAGGUGGCUUCUGGGAAGGGUGGGGACCUAAGCGAACAAUAGAGCAGCACUUUUAAACCCCUGGUCCCUCCACCCAGGCAGUCAGUCAGAUCACAGAGAGGGAGAGAGUGGCAGUGGUAGUGUAGGUAAAAGAGAGAGAGAGGAGAGCAGCUGUAUCUCUUCAGUAAGGGGAUAACAGUUGCAAGGGCUGGCUUGAAUUUUCCACAGAUAGGACUUUACAACAUGAAGAGGUGUUAAUGAACUGGAAGUACAGGCAAUAAGAUAUCCCAACCUGCCUUACUGCUGCAGUUUCCGCGACAUGGAAGAAAGGUAAAGAUAAGAGAGGCCCAGGUCUAGUUGAGUUUAACCCAGCCGCUGGCUGAAACAGAGAGGCCCAAGUCUAGUUGAGUUUAACCCAGCCGCUGGCUAAAACAGCUCUAGGUACUGUAAUGUCUGCUCCCAGGGGCAGCAAGGGACCCGGAAGCCCCCCAAGGGCCCGAACAGGUGGACUGGUGCUCUCAUACUCAACUUUGAAAAAGCACAGGGACAUCAAAGCGUAUUGUCACUGUUUUUCAAGCAUCAUCUUUAGCAUUUCCUUAUUGUGAGUUUUUGAUUAUUAUAAUUUUUGUAACAAAAAAGAUAUACAUUUAAAGGAGGACAUUUUAAAACACAAAAAAACAUCUGAAAAAAGCAGAAUUUAUUUAUGAUAGACACAGAGCACAGGUGUUGUCAGAAAGGCGGUAUUGAGAAGUUAACGUUAAUAUAUUAUGGUAUAAAAGUGCACAUUAUGCAAGCUAGGGUUUGAUUAUUUGAUAUCUAUUUCACCCAUAAUGUCCCACCUUUUCAUCAACUCCCACCCAAAUGGCUGCCUUUUCCAGAUACACAGGGCUAGGGCCUGGGAAGGGGAUAGGGAGGGGAGCCUGGACACAAGCCCCAAAGGGGAGAGGAGGAAUGUUGGACCCAAAAUAGCAUAACUGGGUGCACGAGGCAGACCAGCAGUAUAUCCCACACUCCAAUGUAGCACCUCCCAAAGGACCAUGGGAAGAUUCCCACGAUUACCCUGUCCCCCCUUCCCCCACACUACCACGUGGUAGUGUUUUCUCUGUGUUUGAGAGUGUGUGUGUGUACCUCCUCUUGAGGAAGUCCAGUGAAACAGCUAUUUGCCUGUUUAUUCACACACGUGAAAACACUGACUAAAGAAAAUGAGAACUAGAUUGUGACUUAGAACACGCCCCAAACAUGUAUCUGCUCACUACCAACAUUCUCAUUAGAUCAUUAAGAACAUCAAAUUUCACCGAAAAAGCCAAGCCUUGUAUGAUACAAGGUUUGUGCCUCUAAGAGGCUACAAAAUCUGCAAUAUGCAAUUUUCUUUAUUUUUUUAAGAAUUGAGAAAAACCUACACCUAUGGAAAGUGUUCUUAAACCACUGAGAGAUGUAACAACAAACAAAACAAAAACAAAACUAGCAAAGAACGUCACACAAGCUUGCUGUUAGGUUUUUCAUUUGUAGUAUUAUUUUAACCCUUAUUUUUUGUGUGAUUUUUUUUUACUGUGUGCCGUAGUUACAAGGUAAACUGUGAAAAAAGAAACAUUUUCAAAAUGAAAUGCACCUGGACAGUUAUUUAAGAAAUAGCGAAAAACACUAGGAAUCACAAACAAAUUGCUGUUUAGUUGCUGUCUGACUGCGGCAGAAUAUGACAAUCUUAUUAGUUUCUUUGAAUCUGAUGUCCUUAUCCUAGCUAACGUAUAACUGAUAUCCUCCUAACAUUGCUAGGGUAGAUUUUCUGUCUCGGUUAUAUGGAUGAAAUAUUACAGCAAUGUUGAGAGAAUGUUAGUAAGCUGGCUAGGAGAAGUACUUCAGGCUACUGUAAAAUGCCUUGCUCGUAUUGGUCAGCCCUUGGUCACCUGACUCAGUAAUUUUGCACCGUUCUUCUGUAGGUAAGAAACUGUAAAUACAUUAAUGUUUGUAUUGUAAAUGGAUCCUGGGUUGUUACGAUAGCCUUAUUCACCUUUUUAGGAAAGUAAAUGAAAAAAAAUAUAUACAGAAAAAACGGAAUACACUUCAGUAAAACAGAGCAUACUACUUUUUUUGGUAAAUAGCUUAUGUAAAUAUUGACAAGAUCCCAAUAAAACAUUUUUUUUUUUUUAUAAACUCUUAAAGUAAGAUGUUUUGUAUAAAAUUUACAUUUUUUGCUAUGUAUUUUAGCUAGCGCUCAUUGGAAAGCCCUGUGUCCUCCCACUCCCUCCCCCUUUGCACUGUUUCCAUGGAAAUUUGGUUUUUAAAAAAAAAUUAGAAAAAGUUGCCAAACCGACUGCUGCAUAUUCGUGCCAUAAGUGUGUACCAUAAAUAUUUAUUGAAUUAGUUUUUUUUGUUCUGUUUUUGAUUUGAUUUCUGUCCAGUUUUUAAGUAACACAGUAUUAUGAUUGCGUUGUUCAUUUGUCUCCCUGGUUUCUUUAGUCUGUUUUGAUAGGUUUCCAGGUGGCCGUAUCUGUAGCCCCUCCCCUUGCAGUUUGAGAUGGCCAGGCCGUUGAAAUGGUUAAACAUUCAAAAAACGAAAGAAAUGAAAGUGAGGAAAAAUGACACACAUUCCACCAGUCUGUUACAAACUGAAAAUGUUUUUCAAUAAAAUGUUUUUCCUAUGGA